AUGAUGCCCAUGAUGAUGCCAUAUCCACAGCAAUAUCCACAACAACAAGUCAUGACUGCCCCGUUUGUCCCACCACCCCCAGACAAAGGUGGUGGCAAGGGUUCGACUGUACCGCAACCUAUGACUUUGCCUUCUCCACCUCCGACAGCUUUGACAGAGCCCCCAGGGCAUUGGGCGCCAACCCUGCAGAUGAUGCCUGUUCCGGCUCUUCCCACAGGAGCUGGGGUGCCACCAGAGACUGCCGAAGAGGUCAAGAAAGAGGGCAAAGCUCAGGCAAAUCUCAACCGUCUCCUGAAGCAGAUGAAGAAGGGCAAGUACCACACCAUCAGUGGCCUCCCCUUCACCGGCAACAAGUUCUUCUUUGAGUUUGGACUGCAAGUUUCAGCUGAUGUCUCUCACGAUGGCAUCCUUCGCACCCUGCCACUUGACAUGGAUCCCAUGCUCUUUUUGAAAGUUUGUGACUUCAAUGGACCUGGGACUACUCCCUUGCCGGUCUUGAUGAGCGUUGAUGAUGAUGCUGAUCCUCCUGCUGGUGAUCCUCAACGUCUAGCCGACCCCACACAAGGACGCGCUGCAUGUCUGGUUUCACAUCCCAGAGUCGAGAUCUUUUGCAUUCUGCUGGACUUGCUGAGGCUUGUACGCAAUUUGGACUUCGGCACUCUAUCCUUUGUGAAAUCCUGGUCGGCAGUAUUGUUCAAACACGUGAACUUCCGCUACAUCUUCAUGAAGGUCUUGGUCUUCGAGUCCAAUUUCGUUGCGGACUUGCAAAGAUGUUUGACCACUUCAAUGCGUGUCCUUGAGGAUGAAGAGACGACCACCUCCAUCAUGCCCAUCACUGCUCCGGAGGACAUCCUGGAGGAUCCAGUAGCCAUUGAUCGUUUCCCUGCAGAACAAGAGGAUCUUGUUACAUCAUGGCGAUCUGCUGCAAGCAUUUCGACGGCCAUCAUCACUGAGGAUGGAGAAACCAAAGUCAAAUUUGUCACGUGGUUCUUGAACGGUGACAGAUGGCCACGUUGUGAUGCGUAUCGAGUUGUUGCCCUUCCUGCUGAUCUUGAAAGAUGGGAAGCGCUCUUUCGACAACGUUGGCAUGAUCGAGUUGACCCAGCGGCACAACUGCAUGUUUCCCUGGUGUACCCACCGGUCACCCCUGACAACCAUGGCGGACAUUUGAUACUCCAUCAAGGUCGAUCUGGCUACAGUAUCGUCCUACAAACGCGACCUCGACCACAUCCCAGGCCGACAGAGACUGCAGUCAACCGAUCCAACAGAGCUCCUGUUCUGUUGCAACUUUCCAACCUUCUUCAGCGUGAGGUGCUGAGCCAGGAAGAAUCAGCUGAUGAGCCUUCCCUGACGGCAUCAACGACGGUUGCAAUAAGGCUUCGCUCUGGAUGUGACUCCAUUCUUGUUCCGGAGUACAUUGAAUGCUCCGCGCCUGGUGAUUCCAAUGACAUUGAGGCUGAGCUCACACAUUGGGGCAUUGCAUGCAAGGCUGUCAGAUUUGGUCCUCGACAUGAAGCUCUUUGCCUUCCAGUGCAGUGGAUUGCCUCCGCAAACCAAUUCCAUUACAUGUUCUGCCAUGAUGAUCCCAAGGAUGAUGAAGGUACCUUCCUUCACACAUCUGAGGUUGCCCUCGAUGACCUGGGUCUCAUGCAGUUGCUUUACAAACUUGGAUAUUGCAGAGCGGCCAUCCUGGACACCGAGGAACCCAUGCCCCAGUUCUUCCGGAUCAUCUUUCGUGACGUUGUCCAACAACAUGCGGUCAAACCUGAGAAGCAUAAGGCUCCCUCUCCAUGGCCGGCACCGCUCUGCUGUAACAGGGAGAACAGGCCUUUCUUCACUCCAAAAGGCCACAUUGAGGGCAAAGAUGAUUUUCUCCUCCGGUUUGGCAUCACAAUGACCGACAUUCAUGCCUUUUUUGCGUCGGGCACGGACGUGCUUUGUCGAGAUCCUGCAGGACUUGAUCUCCCUGAAAGCACCAUGCAGGCCAUGCAUAUGAGCGAGACCACGAAUCUUGCCAGUUUUGAUCGUCUGAUCAUUUACACGGACGGCUCAUCUCUUCCUCUCCAUCGUCAUCGACCUGCUGCAUGGAAUGAGGAGAAAGGCCUUGGGGACACGUGGGCCUUUGUUGUACUUGGUGAGCGAUCCCUACAGCAGCCUCCGGUCAUUGAAAUCAUUGGCUGGCUGACACAUCCUGUGAGGUAUGACCCUUCCUGUCCAACCUUUCUAGGGCUCCGUCAGAUUGCACGUCGCCAUCGACAAGAACUCCUGCGUGCUUGCUUUCAGUCCUGGGCUACCACUUCUGACUAUGACAUUGAGGGCUUCUGGACAUACCGAAGAUGGCUUCUGUGUGCGAAUGUCAAACUGAUGGCCAGAUUUCACACUUCAGCGGCCCAUCUUAAGAAGAAGCUCAGAGACAGGAAGACGGCCUAUCUCAAACAAGUCUUUGCGGAUUUGCCCCCAGAUGCACCUGCUUCUUCGAUCCUGCAUGCACUCAAGAAGGUCGUGGGCUCGACAAACUUGAAGCAGAUCAAGCAGCAGACGCUUCCCUAUGUCAAGGAUUCAUCUGGCCAACACUGUACCUCACCAUCUCAAGCGCUGGAUACUUGGAUCCAGUUUUUCCAGAAUAUGGAAGGUGGUCGAAGAGUCAAUCGACAGGAGCAACGUCAACUCUGGAUCAAGAAUCUUCAAGCUUUCCAGGCGACAUCCCUGGACCUGAUGAUUACAGAUGUUCCAUCAUUGGUUGAACUUGAGGCGGCCUUCAGGCAUGUCAAGCCCAACAAGGCAACGGGCCCUGAUCUCAUUGAUGCCAACGUCUGUGCGAGUUCUCCGGCUAUCGUGGCCCGCAAAACCUACAGUCAGUUGCUCAAGCUGUACACACAUGGUCAAGAAAGUCUCCUGCAUAAAGGUGGUCGGCUUCAGCCGAUCUGGAAGCAGAAAGGCCCUCGAGACGCCUGUUCUGCUUAUCGCAGCGUGCUCAUUUCAUCGCACAUAGGCAAGUCAUUGCAUCGCUGCCUGCGUUUGCAUUCAGCCGAUGUCUUUGAGCACUAUUUGCAACUGCAGCAAACUGGCGGCAUGCGGGGCAUUUCUGUCACGAUGGGAGUGCAUCAGGCGAGAUCAUACCUUCGAACACGGCUUCGACAGCGCAAGUGCGUGGGCUUAUUGUUCUUAGACCUGACUGAAGCAUUCUACCGCAUUGUCCGCCAGUUGGCUCUUGGGGGCCCACCGGAUGAUGCCGCCAUAGUUGCUGUUGGUGAUCGCCUGCAACUGGGGCCUGACCUCCUUCAUGCUCUACAUCAACACCUGGAGGAUCAGUCGGCUGUCGAGCGAGCUGACAUUGUGUUCUCGUUCCUUUGGGCUCGGCUCCUCCAUCGCCUCGAACAGAUGAUGUCGGACAAUGGCAUUCUGGACAGCUUUCCUGCCGAAGAUGGACUGCGACUUCCUGCAACUGAUGUGUCAGAAUGUGGUACGCAGUCUUUCCUAGGGCCCACCUGGAUGGACGACACCUGCAUUGCCUUUGCUACGGACUCCGCAGUGACGCUGGAACAGGCUGCAGGACGAGUUGGAGGGUCUCUUCUUGGGCUGUGCGCUGAAUUUGCCAUGAGCCCCAAUUUAGCCAAGGGGAAGACGGAGCUCAUGAUGGUCUUCCAAGGGAAAGGAGCCACCCAGGCCAAGCUCAAAUAUUUUGGGCCAAGCUCCCCUCAGACGUUUCCCAUCAUUUUGGAAGAUGGAAUUCAACAUUUAAGUGUUGUGAGUUCUUACACUCACCUUGGCAGCACCAUUCAUCAUCGUGGAGAUCUUCGUCGUGAAGUCCGACGCCGUCUUGGUUUGGCACAUGCUGCUUUCAACCGCCACAGAAAACUUUUGUUUCAGAAUCGCGGCCUGGAUCUUUGCCGACGCCGUGAGUUGUUUCGUACACUGAUUCUGAGCAAAUUGCUUUAUGGGGCGGAAUCUUGGACGCUUCGAGAUGGCAAGGACAAGCAUUACUUGCACAGUGCGUUGAUGCGGCUUUACAACCGACUUCUUCCUGUGCAACAGCAUCCUCCCCGAAGCGACGCAGCCAUUUUAGCAGACACUGGACUCCCUGAUCCUGCCGUUCUUCUACGAGUUUGCCGCCUUCGACAUUUGGGCCAGCUGUAUGGCAAUGGUCAUAGAACGUCCUGGGGGCUUUUCAAUGAUGAUUUGGAGUGGCAGGAGCUGAUUUGGUGUGAUCUGAAAUGGAUGUGGAAUCAAUUGAAACAUUCCUCACAACUCCCUGAUCCCCUGCAAGGGUUCCAGCAAUGGGAGUACCUCAUGCGACAUCAUCCAGGUUUUUGGAAAAGAUUGAUCCGCCGAGCCGGAGAUCAUGACAGUGGACAGCGACGCAACCUGCAUAUCGUGACCGAGUUCCAUGGAGAAUUCCUGAAGAUUUUGCAGGAUCAUGGGCGCCUCUGCCAGACGAUGCCUCAUCAUGAAGCUCUUUCUGGGGAUCAAAUCCAUGCAUGUAUGAUGUGUGAAAAACGUUUUCUCAGCAAGGGAGGAUGCGGAGCCCAUCUCUUCCGAGCUCAUGGUCAUGUCAACUCUGUCAGGCAUUUAUUUUCUACAUCGCAGUGCGGAGCCUGCAUGAAGGAAUACCACACGUUUGCCAAGUUGAAAACCCAUCUUUUGCAAGUGACGGCAUGUCGCCAAAUCCUGCAAGCACAACGGCUUCGUUGGCAACCCAUGCCUGGAGCUGGCUCUCAGAUCAAUGCAACUAUGGAAGCUGCCCAUGAUGGACUUCUGCCGCCAUUGAAGGUGCAAGGGCCACUACUUGAACGACCUCAUGGACGUGCAGACGAGGACUUCGACCAGGACUUUUUGGAGAAGAUCUUCAUUGACAUUGUGGAUGCAGAGAACAUUGCGGAGUGUGAAAGAUUGAUUCGGACAGCAGCUCGAGAGACAGUCCUUUCAUGGUCGACCUUCCAGGCCACGCUUGAGCGCUUUUUGGAGCUUUUCACUGAUGCUGACGCGGCAGGUUUGCGGGUUCCAGGUGAUGAGUUGCGCCAUCUUCUAGUCACUUUGCGGUCUCCCCACGCUUGGACAUUUUUGACCUCGGAUGGCCGUGCCAAAACCUCACCGUGGCAUUUGGAGAUUGCCGCCUUGGAGCAGCACUGUCUACGUGAGAUUGAAGGCGGCAUUGCAGCGGUCGAGCACCCAGCUGAAUCUCCUCAUCCUGAAGAAGCAUCCAUCUGGAGGACGCCGAUCAUGCAGUUGCUGCUCUCCCUUCCUGAGUGCGAGUCGAUCACCCUAGCACAAGGCUUGUGGGGGGCUCAGUCGGCCAAACCGACGACCCUCGGCGUUUUGAACGCCCCGCAACUCAAGCAGGAGCUGCACCGGGGUCGUAUCACCACAGAAGUACCAAAGAGUACUUCAAUUGGAAAGGAUGCAUCAGGACAAUGGGCAACGGCCCGUCUCAAGGAAUACCCUCCAGGUCUCUGUUUGGCCCUUGCCAGAGGAUUCCUUCGAGCCAUUAGCGAUGUCCCAAUCAACCCUGAAUUUCAGGUCUCCCGGCACUAUAGUGACAUUUUUGGUCCUUUGGUGUGUUCUGCAUUUGGGCAGACAUACGGACCCGACUAUGCCGGUUGA